AGAGAGAAAAUGGAGUUCUGAAAAUUUCUUCAAAUUCUCAGCCAAGCGAGCAGGUAUAGCAAGACAAGCUUUGUAGGUGGCUAUUGAACAGUGUUGACAAGUUCUCUGAAUCCGUUUGAGGCGUUUGCCCAUGGGCAACUGUGAAGAGACAAAGUCUUGUAAACCCGAGAAAUCAUCUUCACCUCCACCAGAGCAUCAGCAGACCAGCGUUCAUGCAUAUCCUGAUUGGGCGGCCAUGCAGGCUUAUUAUGGCCCUAGAAUGGCUAUGCCACCAUACUUCAACUCGGCUGUUGCAUCUGGUCAUGCCCCUCCACCUUAUAUGUGGGGGCCACCACAGCAUAUGAUGCCGCCUUAUGCGGCAAUGUAUCCACAUGGAGGUGUUUAUCCACAUCCCGGAGUUCCUCUUGCUGGUAGUCCUAUGAGCAUUGAUUCUCCGGCCAAGUCAUCGGGAAAUUCUGAUCGUGGAUUGCUGAAGAAGUUGAAAGGAUUUGAUGGUUUGGCAAUGUCAAUAGGCAAUUGCAAUGGCAAUGGAGAUAGUGUUGGAGGUGGAAAUGACAAUGGGCACUCCCAGAGUGGGGAGACCGAAGGUUCUAGUGAAGGAAGUGAUGGCAAUACAACAGAGGGGGGUCAAAAUAGCGGGAAAAGGAGUCGUGAAGGAUCACCUAAUGCUCCUGAAGUUGGCAAGACUGAGCCACUAAGCGGCCAAUUUUUCCCUACCGAGGUGAACGGAGCUUCAAAGAAAGUGACUGGUCUUACUGUUACCGUUCCUAAGGUUUCGGGUAAAGUAGGUGCUGCCCUCUCUGCUAACUUGGCCUCCGAAUCGGAGCUUAAGAAUUCUCCCACAACAGCUGCUAAGAUGGCAGCGGCAACUGUUGCCAUGGUGCCCGGCGAAUCUCUGUUGCAGAAUGAGCGCGAACUUAAAAGGGAGAGGAGAAAGCAAUCUAAUCGAGAAUCUGCCAGGCGGUCUAGAUUAAGGAAACAGGCGGAAGCGGAAGAACUCGCUAUAAAAGUCGAAUCCCUCACUAAUGAAAAUCUGACCCUUAAGUCCGAGAUUAACCGGUUGACUGACAAUUCCGAGAAACUGAAGCUUCAAAAUGCCAAACUAAUUGAAAAACUCAAGAACGCACAACAAGAUACCGAAGACCCACGCCUCAGCCCAAAGGGCUCAUCUCUAAGCACGGCUAACCUCCUCUCGAGAGUCGACAACGGUUCUAGUGCUAGAACCGAUGGAGACGGAGAAGUGUACGAAAAUAACAAUAACCAAAAUUCGGGUGCAAAACUGCGUCAACUUUUGGACGCUAGCCCGCGGGCCGAUGCCGUUGCUGCUGGCUGAUAAUAAUGAUCAAGUAACCUUAAGUAUGCUGUUAGUUUUCGAAACUAAUUAAUGAUGUGAUUUUGGCGUCGUUUUGAAGCUGGAGUUGCUGCUAACGGUUAGUAGAUAAUGGGAAUAGGAUUGUGAUGAGAUUUUUCGAGUUUUCGUCUGGUCGAGCCUUUGGAAUUUCUGUGGCGGACCUGAAACGUGUUUUUAGUUUCGGAGUCGGCUUCGAAAUUGGCCACCGACACUUUAUCGUAAUUAUGAAGAGGAUGGAACCUAUAUAUAUAUAUAUAUAUAUACAUACAUAUGGUUUGUGUAAUAUAUGGGAUAUAUAACUAAUAUUGGAGGUUGGGUUGUGACUUAUAAAUUUUCUUUGGGUGUUGGUUUGCAUAAUAUGAUUUCGAUUUCUCUCUCGAUUCA